UAGCACUUUCAGACCAUGUUAAAGACUAAGUUGAAUGUCCUAACUCUUCGGAAAGAGCCACUCCCGACAGUGAUCUUCCACGAACCAGAAGCCAUUGAGCUGUGCACCACAACCCCCCUCAUGAAGACCCGGACUCACACUGGAUGCAAGGUUACGUAUUUGGGUAAGGUUUCCACAACAGGGAUGCAAUUUUUGUCAGGCUGCACAGAGAAACCAGUCAUUGAAUUAUGGAAGAAGCACACGCUCGCCAGGGAGGAUAUUUACCCAGCUAACGCCCUUCUGGAAAUUCGCCCUUUCCAAGUCUGGCUGCAUCAUCUGGACCUCAAAGGCGAGGCGACAGUCCACAUGGAUACCUUUCAGGUAGCACGUAUAGCCUACUGCACUGCUGACCACAACGUCAGCCCAAAUAUCUUUGCUUGGGUCUAUCGGGAGAUCAACGAUGACUUGUCCUACCAGAUGGACUGCCAUGCUGUAGAGUGUGAGAGCAAGCUGGAGGCCAAGAAGCUGGCCCAUGCCAUGAUGGAGGCCUUCAAGAAGACUUUUCACAGCAUGAAAAGCGAUGGCCGGAUCCACAGGAACAGCUCCUCAGAGGAAGUGUCUCAUGAAUUUGAAUCU